GCGAAAUCAUGAUACCGCCGAGCAGCGUCCGGUACGAAGAGACGCUCGCCGAGAUCACGCGCCUCGACGUGCAGCUCCAGACGCUCGAGACGUGUUCGCACAAUAAGCUCGGCGAGUUUGCGCGGCCGCUCGCGAUCAAAGUCGCCGGCGCGUGGCGCGUCGACACCUCGACCUUGGCGCCGACGCACGUGUCGAUUGGCCACCUCUACGACGCGUCGGGCAUGACGCUCUACGAGCGCUUCUUGCGCGCGCACAUGCGGCUCGUCGCCCUGAGCGCGCUCGUCUACGGCGCCGACUCUGUUGCGGUGGUGCGCGCGACGCUCCAGCUCGCGACGAGCUACCUCCGCGCCGGGCUCUGGAAGCAGUGUGCCGAGCACGCGCAGGCCGCGGACGCACUCUUGCAGCGCCUCACGCCGCCAGCGUCGCAGCGUACCGAGAGUAUCUCGACGCGUCAGAUGGACGGACAGCUGCAAGCUGCGUUUGCGCUCUUCCGCGCCCUCGACGUGAAUGGCGACGGUGCGGUCUCGCGCCACGAGCUGCUGACGGCGCUUGCGACCAACGACUUUUUCACGCAACUCCGCGCCAAAGCCCAUACGCUGCCGAAUGCAUUUGGCGCGCUCCUCGACCCGACGCAGCUCGAGUCGGUCUUUCGCGCCGUCGACGCCGACAAGAGUGGAUCCAUCCAGUGGCGCGAAGUCUUUCGGUACUUGCACGGCCAUGACAAGGCGUUCCAAGGCUACUGUGCCCAGCUCGAGCGCACCUUGCCGCCGACCCUCGUCACUGCGCUGCGCCAAGCAUAUCAAAGGGUCGAGAGCCAUGCCACGCGCAGUCGUAUUGCAGACGCCCUCGCGCUCGAGGGUGACCGCCCCAUGAGCUCUGUUGCCGACUAUUUGCGACGCAAUGAUGACGCGGAUGACGAAGGCGUCGUCACAUGGCCCGAAGUUCUCGAGAUCGCGUGCCGUUCCCAGCAUGCUUCCGUGUUUGCAAGCUUGCGACCUCGCAUCGAUCUGCUUCUCGGCCGGCAAGCACCUGGCUUCAACCGACGCGGCCAAAUUGAAGAUGCGACUGCAUGUCUUCGCAAGGCAGUGGACGGAGCCCAGUUGACGCUCGGCCCCGAGCACCCUGCCAUGGUCGAGUACUACGUCGCUCUCUCGGACGUCCUCGUGCUCCGGCACACGCAGGCGCUGCAGGUCGCCAAAGACGUGGCCGCGGCCCGCUUUGACAAGUGGCUCGCGACACCCGAAGGCGCGCAGCGAAUUCGCGCCGAGGCCAUCGCGCGCCUCCACGACGCAAACGAAGCCAAAGAAAAGCUACCGACCAAGCGCGACGCCGAGGCGGAUGCUCGACGGUACCUCCAGUCGCUGCACGAUCGACGCGAGGCGCAGCGCAAACCCGAGUCGACGCCGUUUCUCGACGAAGCCACCGAGCUGUGCACCAAAGUGUGGUCCAUGGAACAGACGCAAUAUGGCAACGAACACGUCCACGCGGCGAUUGCCCUCGCCGGGCUUGGCAACGUCUACAUUGUCCGAGACGAUCCAACGACCGCCGUGACGUACUUUUUACAAGCCAUCGCUGCGUUCGAAGCGGCGUGCCACGGCGGUGUCCCCGCAGCGGCCUUUCUGCGCAUGCACGUCGCCAAAGUCUACGUGCACAUGAAGAAGACGGCCGAGGCCAUGGACCUUCUCCAGGACGCCGCCACCUUCUUCACCGAGCAUGCAGCCAAGUUCCUCGAUGCCGACACGACGCGGCGUGACUGCGCUGCGAACGCCAUGGAUGCGUGGCAGGGCUGGCUGGACCUCGCGGCGUACGAGAGCCCGGACGUUGUCCAUGGUGUCUACGUAGGCAUCGUGGAAGCGGCGACGAUCGGGUAUGGCGAAUUUAGCCUCGAAGUCGCCGACGCUCAAACGAACUUGGGUCACUACUUGCUCAAGCAGCGCCGAGAGCUGCAUGGGGACGGCGAAGUCGCGCUCGAAGCGGCGUGCUACAUUCUCCAAGUCCACCACGGCCUCCACGACAAGCGGGUGCGGCGGCUCAAACAAGAAGUACUCGCGGCCGCGGCCAAACGCAAGCACGGCGACGACUCGCCCGAGUCGCACGAUACGUCCUGGCUCAUGUAG